CUCUGGUUGCUUGACUUCUGGGUGGCUUCCCUUGACGGAGCUUCAGUAUUUACAACAAUAUUGUCGGAAGACGCUGCUGUCCAUCACAGACAGACAGACAGACAGAGAGACAGACAGAGGGGGAGUCGAACCGUCGGUUGGACAGACAACAGACAGCUUCAUCAUCUUCCUCCUCUGCAACAAGAUGGGUGUCGACUCCUAUUAAGGACUCUUCUUUUGUGCAUCCUGGAGAUAUUUCCUAUAAUGUUGCCGAGUGAUAUCCGUCUACCUUGUGCACUGCAGUGGUGCGCAGCUUCAGCCGGAGAAACACCUGUGCGCCUCUCAUCCUCUCCAUUGGCAACACACAGCCAUGAAUGUUGAGUAGAGAACGGAUCUCCCUAAGGCGCGGUGUCUGUCUGCGUUUGUCUGAAAGAGAGACGAGAGAGGGAGGCAACACGAAUACCGCACAGCCAGACAUCAUGCAAGGAGAAACCUUCCCUCGCUGCAGAGUGCUGAAAUGUUAGCACUGAGGAGCGAGUGUGUCAGAUCAAAUCAGCAGACUGUUUACCAUAGGGGGGGCGAUAAGAGCUGCUUGACACUAGACUCCCUAACGCCCUGUGUGUGGUUUAAAGCCAUCAAGAAAAGACGUGUUAACUGAUCUUUCAACGGCACUUUUCUUUCCACCUCACCCCCCGCGUCAGGUUCAGCAAUCCAGAAGAAAGGAGCCGAGAUGGAGUGGUCACUAGAGAACGUGAGGGAGAUGGUGGCUGGAGGGAUGCAGUCUAUAAGGGAGUGUGAGAUCUGUGCUUUCGCCAUAGCCAUGUGUGUGCUGCUGCUGUUUAUGUGGUAUUGUUACAGGGUGGGCCGGGAGCAUGGCUCCAGCCCGCUGCGUGGGAGGUAUCUGGCCGGGCCCAGCCGAAUCGGAGGGGUGGUGGGGGGCUUCAUGAGUUCAGACUGCCGCGGCAGGGGCAAAGGGAAGCACGGGUCGAUGCUGGAAGAGCAGAACGGCUUCGCUUUCUGCCAGUCGUCGGAGUGCUUCCGAUGCACCAGCGCCGGGGAGAGUCUGAACCAGAGGCUCUAUCACAGCCUGCAGGAUUACGCCAAGCGCUACACCUGGUCAGGUAUGGGCAGGGUGCACAAAGGAGUCCGCGAUCAAGGCCGAUACCUCAACAGUCGACCGACCAUCCAGCGGCCAGAGGUCUUCUUCCUCCCAGACCUGCCGUCGGCUCCGUUCUUCUCCAGAGAAGUGCAGAGACACGACGUGGAGCUGCUGGAGCAGAGCUUCCCCGCCCUUCUGGCCGAGUUCGAGAGCAUCUACCACCAGCCUCCGGCCCGCAGCGGCUCCUCGCUGCCGCCGGGGUGGAAAUCCAACAACACUCCCCGCGGCCAGUGGUGGACCUACUACCUGGUCAACCAAGGCACCCCUCUGGUUCUUAAUGUCAGGAGGUGCCCGCGGGCCUGGAGGGUGCUGGGCCAGCUGCGCACCUUCAUCGCCAACAACGUGUUCGGAAACGCCUGCUUCUCCGUGCUGACGCCUGGAGCUCUGAUCACGGAGCAUUACGGUCCAACAAACGUCCGGCUGCGCUGCCACCUGGGUCUCAGAGUGCCCCCUUCCUGUGAGCUUGUAGUUGGUGGAGAGCCACAGUGCUGGUCUGAGGGCAGCUGUCUGCUUUUUGAUGACUCCUUCCUCCACAGGGCCUUCCACGAGGGCGGCGCAGAUGACGGCCCCAGGGUGGUCUUCAUGGUGGACCUCUGGCACCCGAACGUGGCCGCCGCCGAGAGACAAGCCUUGGACUACAUUUUCACCCCAGGCCGCUUAGAGGACAAGGAAGGGAAAUAGGUGUGAGUGAGAAACCAUGUCUGACCAAGAGACAGAUGGCGUUUAGGGAAGUGUCUGUAGGAUUUGGGGAGCACCUCUUUUUCUGCCUCCAGACCACCUCUCACAUCCACUGUGUACAUAUUCUCCAUCUCAUACAGUAUCUCUCAUAACUCUUCUUAGCAAAUGACCAAACAUUGGGCCUCUUUUAUCCAUCAUGUUUUUGCCUGUGUAGUUGUGUAAAAGACACCACACUUGAAAGUACAUUUUUCUCUCAGUAGGAGCACGAUUGUUCAUGCAGCCAUUUAAUUCAUGUGCAUUAACACCGUGGCAGGGACAUUUUAGCUUAUUUGGCAUUAUUUUAAUUUCAAAUCUUUGAAUGUUCAAUGCAUUGGCAUUAAAGAUGAAUGAUGUGACUGAACAGGAAAAACUUUGCCUAGCAAGCAGUUCCCAUCAUAAUAUAUAUUUUUCCACAUUUCCCUCUAACUUCGAGCCAGUUCUGGAGCAACAAUUAUUUCUAUCUAAGAUUCAUUGUACUGCUCGUAUAAGCCUUAUUUUGGUUGCUUCUUGAAAGAGUUCAACAGUAUGUUGAUGGAGAGCAAAGUACAUUACCAGCCCAGUCGCACAGAAGUUCGUGAAAUAGUCACGAAAUUGAAUGUAUUGAUUUGUGUACAUGACACAAAUUUCCCAUUUGUUUCAUGAGCAGGAAAUCAAUUUGUAUGUAAUCCACGUAAUUCAAAGUAAA